UGUAAACCGUGAAAAGAAAAAAAAAGGGUGUUGUUUAAAAUCGCGUGUAUUUUAAAAGAUGUAAACAAAUUGAAUAGGUAGACUCAUUGUGCUCGAAAAACCACACUUGAUUUCACAUAUUCAUUAAAUUUUAACAUAUUUCCUUGUUGUUAAUGAUCAAAUCCCUUUUUACAGUGUUGUUUAUGAAUUUGGUGGACUUUAUGCGGGUACGUAAUGACGUAUAAAUAACGAAACUGAACGUAGAAGAUGUCUGCGACUGACGAACAGCUGGUCGGCAAUUUGAUUGAUUUGUCACCUGUUGAUGAACGUAAAUCUGAAUUUUUCCCACCUGAUGUUGAACGUCGUGUGUCUAAAUUACCUGAUGAUGAACUUGAACCCGAAUUUCCUCCUGAUGUUGAUCGGCGGAAGUCCAAGACUUUAGUGAAAUUUGAAGAAAAAACUUCAAGCGCAUCUGAAGAGCUAACUGAUUCAAAACAGUACGCAAGACUCUGUGGUUAUUUAAAUAAACUGGGAAAUCGGGCGAUAUUAAACACUUUUAAAAAACGUUGGUUCGUUUUUAACGAAGAUAACUGCAAACUUUAUUAUUACCGAUCGCCGCAAGAAUCCGUACCUCUUGGGGAAAUUGAUAUUUCGCAAGCCACCUUUACCAUUAACAUCAACAAUAAAGAAAGAACUGGUCAUUUUACAAUAAGUGUGCCUGGAAGAAAUUAUUUCUUGGAAGCUAGCAAUCGGCAAGUAGCUCUUUACUGGUUGCAAGAACUUCAAAAACAUAGAAGAACAAAUAGUUUGUUACGAACAAAACAUAUCAGUGAAAAAUCAACGAAUGUCACUGACUUAAGAGCUCGUCCACAAAGUGGAUUACUUGCUAAGGACUCCCUAAAUCCACUCUGUUUGGACGAAGGAAGUGAAGGGUCUUUAAUGUCACCCGUAUGUUGCCCAACUGACUGCAUCGGAGAUGAAUCAGCUCACAACAAAGACCGUCCUCUUGUCUCUGCUCAACAGAAGUUGAACGUGUUUUACAAUCAAAUAAAACAAUCUGCUCAGUUUUCAAAACAUGACAAAUCAUCUCAAGAUGGUUCAUUAACAUCUCUUAGAGAGAAUAAUCAUCAAGACAAUCACUUUACACCCAGCUCAAAGAGGGAAAGUUUUGAUGGAGAGUCUAGUCACAAAUCUACAAAAUCUCCAAGUCUAUCGUCCACUUUCAAGCUGAAACUUUCAAACUCAUUUCGCAAAUCACGUACUGAAGGUGAAAUUGAUGACAUGAACGCUGCAGAGAAAGCAAAUUGCUCGUCCUGCCGUAAGUCUGUCCAGCAGGUAGAGUCGCUUGAAGAAGAACUGUCUAACCUCCAGGAUGAAUUGACAGCUAGCAAAGAAGUUCGAUCUCUGUUGCAGAGGCAAUUAGAUAUUGCCUCAAAAGAGAAAGAAUCAUUAAUUCAAAUAUACCAACUGAAAAACAGUGAGUUGCCGGUUGAUAUGAUAAGUGAUAAAGACCGCCAAAUAGUCAAUCUUAAACAUGAUCUGCAAGAACAGCAACAGAGAGUUGAAGAACUACAAAGGCAAGUUAUAUCAUUGCAGCGGGAUGUUAAAGAUUUACUUUCAAAUAACGAAUUAUUUCAAGAAAUGAUGAUUCAAAAAGACAAUACUAUUAUGACACUGACAAAUGAAGUGUUUGAAUUAGAAACUGAUAAGCAAGAUGAGCUGAGAAGAAUGAGCAGCGGCAGCAUUUUACUGUCACCAGAGGGCACUGUAGUAGAACCAAAGGAAACAAUGGAUAUUGAUGACCUUAGAGCUGCUGUUGAUGCUUUUGAACUUCAAAAUAAGUUUCUUAACAAUGAGAUACUGGAGCUCAAUCAAUUAAGAGCUGAUGCUGAUGAAAGAGUACAACUCGUGUCUAUGAAAUGCAGUGAAUGGGAGGCUAGAAGCUAUCAGAUCCAAAGCAAACUUUUGUAUCUUUUGAAUGAAUUGAAAAAAACUGAUAGUGGGAAAUUCAACAGUGAUGCCAUAAGCCAGCUCCUAGAAGAGGCCGUGGGUGAAGGAACUGUUCACACUAAUUUGUUGCCAUCAUGGUCAAGGGAUAUAUUGUACGAUGAAUUAGGUUUCAACUACAGAUGGGGCAGAGAAGAUAUAUUGUCUUCAAAAGCCUCCAAUUUCAAACAAAAAUCACAGGAUAUAGCUCAGAAGAAGGAUCCUGAGUUGAUAGUGUGGAGAGCCAAGUGGGAUAACUUCAUGGUAGCAUUGGGCACCAAGGAACUGCAGAGGUCCCCAGAACUAAAAGUUCUUGUUAGGUCUGGUGUACCCCAUGAAUACAAAGGAAAGAUAUGGAAAGGUUGUGUCAAUAUGUGGAUAAAAGAUUAUAAAUCUAUGUUGGGACCUGAUUAUUAUAAGAGUCUGCUCACUUCACAGCAUUUUAUCUCAAGACUGGAUCCAUCAUCAAAACAGAUUGAGCUUGAUUUGUUGCGCACAUUGCCAAAUAACCGUCAUUAUGAGAAUCUUGAUUCAGAUGGUAUUCCUAAACUGCGAAGAGUUUUGCUAGCUUACAGCCGUCAUAAUCCAGUAGUAGGAUAUUGUCAGGGAUUAAAUCGUUUAGCAGCCAUUGCAUUGUUAUUUAUGGAUGAGGAAGAUGCAUUUUGGUGUUUAGUGGCUAUCAUUAAGUUUAUAAUGCCUGAUGGAUACUACACUCCAACUCUAAUUGCCUCUCAUGUGGAUCAGAAAGUUUUGAAGGAUUUGCUGGCCGAUAAAUUACCAAGAUUAAAUGUUCAUCUUGAGCAAAAUAAUGUAGAUUUAUCGCUCUUUACAUUCAACUGGUUCCUUACUAUUUAUGUUGAUAAUGUACCACCUGAAAUUUACUUGAGAAUAUGGGAUGUAUUUUUAUACGAAGGUAGUAAGGUGCUCUUCCGAUACGCAUUGGCCUUCCUGAAGUCUUUUGAGAAUGAAAUUUUACAAAUUAAGGACUACCUUGCAUUAAAUAAACACUUGAGAAGUAUUGCAGAAGAAUGUGUUGAUAUUAAAAAAUUAACACAUAUUGCUUUCAAUGAGCUUAAUCCCUUUCCACAGAAGAUGGUGAAUACUAGAAGGAGUCAUAAUUUCCAGAUUAUUCGAGCUCAGCUCGAAGAGUUGGAAAAUGAGAAAAGGAAACAGAAGAAGUCUAAUUCCCAGGAACAUGUUGCUAGUGCAGCAUAUAUGAGUGAAGAAGAUUAAAAUUAGUGAACUAAUAAAAAAUGUCAUGAGUUUUAAUGAAAUUGAUCUCUGUUUUGAUUUAUCUGUUUUGAUGAAUUCUCUUUUAUGAAACAAUUAUGUAUAUGACUAUCCCUACUACAGUCAAUUUAAAAGGUAAGGUAGUAUGUAUUAGUUUCUUUAUACCUGUUGUAUUAUUUAUUAACCUUGUCACCAGCAGUAGAAUCCUGUUGAUUUAAACUUCUCCAGUGUGGCCACUGAACAGGAAAUUUAAACAAUCUGGAGAAGGAAAAAAAAAAGGAGAAAUGUCAGGGAAAAUAAAUAAAUUUAUAUUUGAAAUACUUAUAAGUCAAAUAUUUUACCCAUUAAUACUGGUUUUGAAACUAUUUGAUUUUCAACUCUUAUGACAUGUGUUAGUGUUUUGUUAACCAGUUAAACGUCCCUAGAGUGACCACUCUCCUUUCCACAGUCAAAUGGUCGUUGAUGGAGGUUGGCCAUUCUUAGAGGUUACCUCCAUUGACUAAAAUUGUUAUCAAAGGUACAUGAUUUUUUGCAUACGAUUUUAUUUUUAGUCAGUGACAUUUUCUUAGUUUGGAAAUGCCACUUCUGUUGGUGUCCAUGAAAAGACGGAUAUAUGUGACUGAUAAUUAUGUGUAAAAACAAAUUUACCCAUUAUGAGUGAUAAAGCUAUUUUAAAUAAAUUAACAAUUAUGUUUUUUGUUUAAGUUUGCAUUUAAUUUUAUAUCAUAAAAAUCAGCUUUAAAUAAUGAGAUGCUUGUUUUUUUUUCUUCCUAAAAUAACUUUUUAUUUUCUAAUUUAACUUUCAACUCUAAAAGUAAAUUAUUGAUAUCAUAGUCUUUUGUGCACUCUGAUUGAAACAAGAGGAGCAAAAAGAGCAUCAUCAAAAAGAGCUCUUUAAAUUAGAGUCUCGCUCAAAUAUUUUGAAUAGAUUUUUAUUUACUUACUUUAUUAAAUUUUUGGUUAUGACUUUUUCUGCAUUUGGUGCAGAUGUUUGACCGGUCACUGGACGAGGUUUUAAUGCUCUGCCCUAAAGGUUUUCUUCAACACAAAGUCAAUGCCUCCCAAAAGUGGUCGCUACAUAGAGGUGGUAUAUAUUCUAUGUUUAAAAAUAAGGCAUAGCUGAAAUACUAUCAACAAAAUGCUCCACGGCAGAACUAUGGCGACAAUGUUACAGAGCUUUUGCAGAAAGAUUUUUUAUUUGGGAAGGGAAAAAUUUUGGUUUUCCUUUCUGCAACAUUUUUCAAAAGAAGUUUUCUUUUUCCAGCAGAAUUUUUUUUUCAAAGAUGUCUUUCUUGCGCAUCAGAGAGUUAAGAAAUAGUCUUGAAUUUUCUAUUCUCAUUGAGAUUUUUUUUAAAAAAAUCUGUAAUGACUGGAUUCAGCUAGAAUUUCAAAUUAAUAAUAUAGAAUAAAAAAAUUCAGAAAUCACGAAAGUUUAAAAGAUGGUCCGCUCUAGAAAUGAUCUUUCUUUUAUUUUUUUUCUUUAAAGAACGCUAUGUUUUACAUACACUUAUUUGAGUACUCGUUUUUUAAAGAAAACAUUCGUGUGAUUUUUCGUCGAUAUUUGUUUUGGGAGUUAUUGCACAGAUUUUACGAUUUUUAAUUUACUACAAGAAUUUUUAUUUAUUAUCGUUUAAUUUUAUUUACGAAUUUUAAUUUGUGUAAUGAUUUACGAAAUUCAAAAGAGGAAAUGAUUAGUUCAUUACUACAGUAUAUUAGUAAAAAAAAUAUUGCUUUUACAAUUAAACAUUUUUAUUCUAUACUUUCUUCUGUAAACACAACGUUUCUGUUACUUUAGAUUAGUAAUUGUUAUAAUUAAAAGUAUCUCAAAUAAGAAUAUUAAUGCUAGCGAAGUUAGUUGCUAAAAGCCUGAAAAAAUUCUGCCACGGGGUCAAAAUGUAUGCCAUCUGAUGCAAAUAUCAGGGAAAUUUCAUAAAAAGCAGUAGAGUACUUUUUUUUCUGAAUGUCACCUUAUUUUUCUCCAAUCCAAAGCCUCAGGUAUUCCAAACUUAUUUUGCUUCUAUCAAAUUCAGGCAUUUUGAUGAGUAUUGCAAAUUAAUCUUUUAGUUGAUCUCUAUUAUUGAAUCAGCAGGAUUUUACGGAAUUAAAAAAAAAAAAUUCCUGAGAUAUAUUUUAAAACACUAUACAUGAUAUUUUUUUAUAAAUCUUUGUGAAACUUAUACACCUAGUUAAUAAUGAAUUGUUUAUUCUUAUACUAUAAAUUGUUUUUAAAUUGUAGAUUGUAGAAACAUAGAUUUUUAGUCACAAACUUGUGCCAUAGUCAUUGUUUAAAAAUGUUGCUUAUUAGGUGUUUCAAUUAUAUAGUGCUGAAAAGUGUGCGUUUUCAUUCCAAAUAACAAUUAAAACUCUGUGAUACUUUUA